AUGGAAUUUCCACACGUCGGUGCUAAUUGCUCAUAUGCUGGCUGUGCAGAUCUGGACUUUCUACCUGUUACUUGUGACUACUGUACCAAGCAGUUCUGCUCUACGCAUGGUAACCCAAUUGCACACCACUGCGACCAAAUGCCCGAGCGGACAGUUGAGGCGACUAGUUCAACCAAGGACAAGGAUUAUAUUCCAAUAACAAAGUAUACGAAGCCUGCCCGUAUCGGGCCAAAGGAUGUGCGUGCGCCAACCAAGAACGAGCUAACUGAUAGGCAGAGGCAGGCUUUGGCUGCGCUUAAGCAGACGCACCAGUCAAGGGCGCCACUGCGAGCGGCGCCACUGCCCAAGAAGCAGCCUGCCAAGGCCACCGGGAACCCGAACAUGGCUAUGGAAGACCGACUCUAUCUCAGCGUGGCGUCUGAGGCAAAAACGAUUGUCGUGUUCAUCAACAAGAAGGCAACUAUCGGAAGCGCCACAGAUCAGUUUGCAAGACAGCUUGGGCUAUCGAUGCUCCCGGGAAAGGUAGCGUGCAGGCAAUAGCGCAGUAGUCGCAUCUCUAAGGACUUCAGACAACAACAGCCCCCCAAUGUCUAAUAGCUUUUGGCACCAGCAUUUGCCUACUGCUAAAUGUAGGUUUACAGCUUGCAGGUUGCUGCGUCGGGCGAGAUGCUUUCCCCUGGGACACCUUUGACCAGCUCCUGGUUGCACGGUCCGACACAACGUUCUUC